AUGCAAAGUUCUCAUAUCCCGCUGAUAGACGCUCUGAUGAUGGCGUAUACGGUGGAGAUGAUGGCUAUAGAGAGAAUCGUGGCAAGUGUCAAGCGCUUCUCCACCUUCUGCGCCUCUAAAGAGCUUCCCUUCGACAUGGAGGACGCCAUGCUGUUCUGGAUCAACAAGGUGAUUCUGAAGACGAGAGAGCUCUCCGACAAGGAACUCAAGAUGAAACAGCCGCUGAUGGAUUCGCCGUGCCAUCAGAAGUCUCCCUCAAAAUGGUACUGGAAGCUGGUGCCUGUACGAUACCGUAGAGAACACCUGUCCGGCCGGCCGUUCCCACACCUGGCUGUGAUGGAGGAUCUGAUGAAGGAUGUUUGUGAUGGAGCGGCUCUGCUAGCAGUCGUUCACUUCUACUGCCCUGAAUACAUGAGGCUAGAUGAUAUAUGUCUGAAGGAGGUGCCGUCUCUGUCGGACAGUGUGUAUAACAUCCAUCUGCUGCGGGAGUUUUCUAACGAAUACCUGAAAAGGUGUUUUUACCUGCACACUGAAGAUCUGCUCUACGGCCCACCGGUGCUUAAGCAUAACGUGAUGGUUUUCAUUGCUGAGCUCUUUUGGUGGUUUGAAGUAGUGAAGCCGGACUUCGUAAAGCCAAGAGACCUUCAAGAGAUUAAAGAUGUGAGAGCGUCUCUUCAGCCAAAGAGUUCCCGCCCCCAUGUGCCCAUAUCCAAUGCCACCAAGCGAAGCUUCUUAACUCCCUCCCCUUCAGCUGACUCGCUGGCGACAGCUGCCAAUCCUGACGGUUGUAUGUGGUAUUACUUGCACCCCGAGGAGUCCUUGUCUGUAGCAAACAGAAGCCCCUCCCACCCACUCCUCCCACUGCGGCAGAGACAGCAGAAGCCCGCUCAGGGGGAGGAGAAUUCAGAGCUCAGGAACAGGUCAAACUCUUUGUCCCGUAUGGAUGGACUCAUGUUUGGAUCACAGUUCGCCUGGAUGGAAAGGAAACAAAGGCCGAUCUCUCAAAUGGAGAUGGAUUGGGAACGUGUAUGUGGCGAUAAUAUCAGCUUGGCUCGAUCCAUUAGCAAGGACAGUUUAGCUUCCAACGUCAUCUCCAUUACUCCACGACACCGCAUCAACGGCCAGCCCCUCCCCCAAACACAUCACUAUGACAACCAGGAAGAAGAGGAGGAGCUACUGGCUGUGAUUAACCCAGAGGGCGCGUCUGCAUCCAGAGACGCACGAUCCGAGAGUUUCUUCUUGGAACCGUUGCAACCUGCAGUUCUACGACCAAAUAAGGAGAAAACAGGGAUUAGUAAGUGGGAGGAGAGUGGAGAGGGGCGGAGUCAGGGACGCCGGGGGGCAUAUACACCCACAGAAUGCACUCUCAACCAGACCUUUACUCCAGUCGGUAGCAUAGAGCAAGCAAGCUCUCGAGCGCAAUCUCCCGGAUGCUUCUUCCUGCACGACGACGUGGAGUGUGUGCGGGACAGUCCACUCGGAGGCUGGGAAGACAUUGCCUCAGAUUCAGAGUUUGAGGAAGAUGAUGAAAUAGAAGUUCAGGAGCAAGAGCUUUCCAAAGCAGUUCUGAUGCAUGCUGGGAGGAAAUGCGUGGGACUCGGAGAGGAAGAGGAGUCUGCAAAACUGCGCGAGGAUGUUUGCUUGCAUGAACGGGACGAUAAGGAAGACACGAGUGGACGGGCAAGUCCUUGCCCCAGCAUGUUGUCACAGGCCAGCAGCACGUCGACCGGCCGCAUGACAAGUUUCGCAGAACGCCGCAGGAAUAGAGUCGGAUUCCCCGAUGGUUGCUACAGCACCGGGAGCUCGCAGACCACCACUCCUGAUGGAUCCGAAAGCGUGCAAUUCCCUUCGGACGUGAGUCCGGGAAUGCCAAGUGGCCGACCUGGCCUCGCUUCUGAACUCGUACACCUUCGCAUGCAGCUGGAGGAGAAACGGCACGUUAUUGAGAUGCAGAAAAAGAAGAUGGAGAGCCUUUCGGCACGGCAACGGCUGCAGCUGGGAAAAGCAGCAUUCUUGCACGUUGUUAAAAAGGGGAGGAGCGACACACUGCCACACCCACUCAAAACAGAAAUUGGGUUUAAAGAGAAACCGCUUGCGAAGGAUGACUCGUGCGUUGAGGUUCUGAAAGCCCAAGAAAAAGACACGGAGUGCAAAGAAACACCGGUAGAGAAGGAUAAGGACAAUCGUUUGAGUGUAACAGGAGGGGGCAGGGCUUUGGGCGAUGCGAGCGGAGAACCAGAUCUUGGCGAAUGUAGCCGCUCUAUCGAGCUCCUGAACGAAGCGAUCGGAGCGAUACAGCAGCAAAUGAUGCAACUGUCUCUCCAGCAGGACUUGCUCAUGAAACAGACUAUCCAGUCCCCGCAGGAAACAAAACCAAGCACUGUGCCGCCCUUAAACGAACACCCGCCUGAGCAAACCGAGACUAAAUCGCGCCUCUCCGUGCAGUUCACAGAAACCCUUUCCACCGCGAUCAAACGUCCUCCCAGGCUCAGCUCAAGUCGUACACCUCGGAUGAAACCUAGAGACCUCAAACUGAGCAAAGAUGCAAACAGUCAUCCAGCAGUGAAACCAAGCACUCCGACACCGGGCGGCAGGACCCCCCGGGCUGAGAAUGAGGAAGAGGGUGGAGCUAAAGAGGGUGGGCGUGACUCAAAAGGAAUUAUUCGCAAUACUACCUUUAGACUGCAGGACUCCGCAGUCCAACGCGCCGACAGCCUCGACUCGCCCCAAACCGAACUCCCCACGGUGGAACAAUCGCCUGUCGAUCCGACCCAGGAGCGGAGCGAGUCCAGCGGCUCUGGAAAGGAGAACAUUCCAGUUCUGUCCGAGGAAAACAGAAUGAAAGCACAGCUGAUUGAAGUGGACCUAUCUGACCUGGCUGAACCGUCUGAAACUAGCACAGAACCUGAUGGUGAACAGAAAUCUGGACUGGGCUUCUUCUUUAAGGAUGAUCAGAAAGCAGAGGAUGAGCUGGCUAAGAAGAGGGCGGCGUUCCUUCUCAAACAGCAGCGUAAGGCUGAAGAGACACGAAUACGUAAGCAGCAGCUGGAGGCGGGGUCAGAGCUCAAACGAGAUGAAGCCAGACGAAAAGCUGAGGAAGAGCGUGUGCGUAAAGAGGAAGAAAAGACUCGGAGGGAGCUGAUCAAACAGGAGUACCUGCGCAGGAAGCAGCAAGAACUUCUGGAGGAACAGGGCGUGACCAAACCACGCCCACGUAACAGGAGGCCACGCCCUAAAUCGCUGCAUCGUGCUGAAUCAACCUGUUCUGCUCCGGUUAGUCUUUGUUCUGCUCCCUCUGGAUCGUCUCUCUCAUUGGCCUCUGCAGCUACUGAAGGUGACAGUGUGGCGUCAGGAGGGGCCAGUUCACACAGGGGGGAAUCUGUGGAAUCUUUUCCCAUAUUGAGCCGAAAUGCGAGCAGGAACAUGGAACGAGACUGGGACAACGGCUCAACGGCCUCAUCUAUCACAUCUGUAGCAGAAUACCAUGGGCCCAAGUUAUUUAAGGAGCCUAGUGCAAAGUCCAACAAACCAAUCAUCCAGAAUGCCAUCGCUCACUGCUGUCUCGCGGGAAAAGUCAAUGAAGCCCAGAAGAAUGCCAUUCUGGAGGAAAUCGAGCGGUGCGAGUCCAACCACCUCAUAAUCCUUUUCCGUGACGGUGGAUGUCAGUUCAGGGCGCUGUACAUAUAUUCCCCUGAAACAGAGGAGAUCAUCAAGCUCAAAGGCACGGGGCCGCGCGCCAUCAGCCGCAAAAUGAUUGACAGACUCUACAAAUACAGCUCCGACCGCAAGCAGUUCACAGUCAUCCCCGCCAAGUCUGUCUCGGUCAGCGUAGAUGCUCUCACCAUCCACAGCCACCUGUGGCAGGCCAAGCGGCCGAGCACGUCAAAGAGAAAAUAAUCCUGCUUCCUAUUGGCUCAUCGGAUUGAUCCGCUGCUUUCUGAUUGGCUACUGGGUAAUAUUCCAGUCUCAAACUGCCGUUUUGCUAAUGAGCAGGCCUCCUAAAAUCCUAUUGGUCCACGAGAUUCCUACUGGACUCCUGCUUUCCUAUUGGCUCACAAGCUGCCGCGCUCCUAUUGGCCACUGCGCUGUGACACAAGCAGAGCUGAGGAAGUCAGAAGUGGGUGGAGCUUGAUGUUUGAUUGACAGAGUUAAUGAAUAUGUUAUAGGAUUACGUCAUCGUUCAGUGUUAUUUUUUUUAGGCAGGAAUCUGCAUGUGACACUUUUCUGUUUGAUUUUACCAUAGUAUUAAUUUACACAGGAUCAAAAGACAACACUCCCAUUACUUGAACUAUGAAUUAUGGUUGCUAUGGUUACACAGGCACGUGCGAAUGUGUGUAAGAGCGCGUCUGUUUUUUUGCAUUUCUCAUACCUCUCCAUAUGCUGCUGUUCAUACUUGACACUCAGUUUAGCAGUGCAAUGCAGUGAACACAUGACAAGGGAUCUGAGUGCGUGUGUGUGUGUGUGUGUGUGUGUGUGUGUGUGUGUGUG